AUGUCCUCAGAUCUGUCAGAAGAUAUUCAGGUUUUGUCUCUGAAUGACAAAGAAGAAGAAGCCAAACCACAAGAUGAAGCAAUAGUCCCUCAUGUGAGGCAAAUGGUUCAAGCGGUCAUCGAUCUAUGGAAGGAGGACCCCGAUACUGAGGAUGCACUCAUUGGAGAGCUUUACUACUUGGUGAAGAAGAAGAACCCUAAUUGGGACUUUACGGAACAGCAAUUAGAGAAAACUUUGAAAGAGCAUGGAUUUAUUGUAGACCAGACGCUGUUUACCUUUGCAGAGCAAAUCACUUCGACUUUGACCCCGAACCUGUCGAAGAUCUUUAAUGAAGAAGAGGCCUCCUUUAAAGUUGACUUUAGCGAGAAGUCGGGCAAAGGGUUAUAUGCCAAAAGAGACAUUUCCAAGGGUGAAGUUUUGUGGAAAGAGGAGCCAUUUAUUAUGGUGCCGCCCAUUGAACUGUUGAGGCUGGUAAAACAUGGCAAAGCAUGUACUUAUUGUGGUAAGCCCAUGGUAUCGAUGACAACAGACCGUCUGCUUAAAGGAUUGGAUUGCAAUGUAUGCAAUGAGCUCUGGUGCUCCAUUGGAUGCAAGAGAAAGGAUUUGUUACAUCCUCAGGCAAAACAUGGUGUAUAUGGUAUUCGUACGAAAGGUAUCAAUUCUAAAGCUUGGUUGGCUUUGGAAGAUUUCUGCAUUGAGAAUGAUUGGAGCUCUGUAUACGCUGCUGCUAUUAUUUAUGCCAGAGAACUUCUCGAUAAAUCUAAGAAUGUAUAUGAUCAGUUUCAUUCCAUGGCUAAGAUAAGUCAAACUGUGAGAGAUCAAGCUAGUUCUUUGAGUGAAUUUGAAGCUUCGAUUCACGAGGGAAAACUGGCUGAGUGCCACCAGCUUUUCAAUAAAUGUUUUCCUAAAAAACCGAUUUCUUAUGAAACGUUGAUGGAAUAUGUGGGAACAUAUAACAUCAACAAUGUGGACAAUUGCCUGUUCUUGGUGUAUGCCCACUUAAACCAUUCGUGCGAUAGAAAUGUUUCCAUUGAUCUUCAACCGAAAAGGGCCGACGGAUUGCAAGUUACUGCAUUGAGAGAUAUUGCUGCCGGUGAGCAGCUGACUACAACCUAUGUUUCCCCCACAAUGUCCCUGCAAGAUAGACAAAGGGAACUGCGACUGAACUGGGGAUUUAUCUGUGAAUGUUCACGAUGUGUAUUGGAGUCCAAGCAAAGGGAAAAAAGAAGAUCCUCAAGAAAUAGCACCGCUGAGGCAGAUAACAGGACGGAGAUUAGAGAAAUGUUGAAAGAAGAAAGCGUCGAAUUUGACAUGGAAGAACAGAAAUUGGAACAGGGAAAGAGAAGACGAUCAGUUAGAUUUAAUGAGACGGUUAUUGCACACAGCAACAAAUAA